UCUGUCAUUUCCUUUCUCCAUGCGUGGAACAGUGCUCAGUCCGGACCUGCACUUUCAAUGGUUAUGAGAGGAUGGGGUUGUCGUUUCUGAAUGACCUCUGUAUAUAAACUUAUUUGAGGAAGACUUAACAAGCUGAUCGGUUGUGUGUUUUCGUGUUAGUGCUAAACGGGCAUCAUGGCAUGCCCGACCUUCCUAGAUGAGACGCUUUCCACAGAGGAAAGGGAAUUUCAAAAGGUAAUUUCUCAGAUCGGCGGAAAAGAGAAGCUGCAUCUGGUCAGUGAGGCACGCAAAACCGAAGAGAAUGAAACUGGAAUCAUGGAGGAGUUCAUCGAAGGAAUGUUUAACAGCACGUCCACAGAUUUGACCGCAGGUGACAACGCUGGCCGGAACAACAACGAUAGCGUACGGAAGAGCCCGUCCUGUCAGCACGGCGACUCACUCACUGAAAACGGGAUCGUGUGCGAGACUGAAACGCUCGAUGUAACCGCACCUAAGGAAAAGCCUCUCACCGAGUCGUCUGUGGAUUUGGGAAUCGGGGUCAAGCCAACGGGGGAGGACUUUCGGCCGCAACCCAACGGAGACCUUCAAAGAACGGCAACCAAAAGCAUCAACAUGAGUUGCCUGCACAGAACAAUAGCCUCACCUGUUAUAAUAUUUAUUUUUAGUCAGGAGUUCCUGAAGGGAUUGUCCAACAAAGCGUGCGUGAAGGAAAUAUUGAAAGACGUGCGUGCACGUACGAAACGUGCGAAUCCGAAGCCCGUGCUGCUGGGGCUGGUCCGCACCACUUUGGAAAGUGGCGACACGCGACAUUGCGUGGAAUUCCUUGAACAUCUAAUUCGCUCAGUCUUUCGGAAACGGCUGCAAGAGGCGAUCUGGGUUGGCACUUUUAUACCAAACCAGAACAGCAAGAUCCUUGAAAUCAAGGAAAACGCCUGUAGAGUUUGGUAUUCUACUCAAGCAGCAGACCAUACAACGGAUGGGGUUCACUCCUCAAAGUGGCAUAGCAGGUGUUUACCCUGGCCUGUCAGGAGAGAACCACGGGGCCAUGUCUGCAGCUCUCCAACCAGUAAGGAAAGAGGUGAUGCAGGAAGUCUAGAAGAAGGAAUUCCUCUUAAAACCUUUUCUGUGUCAACUGGAUCGCACGCACAAGGGGGAAAAACUGCUGUGUAUAAUUAACAUGGUGACACGUGACUCAAGGGAAUUGGAGAAACCUCAAUGACUGGAUAUUAUUUUCACUGUUGAGCUACCCCCCGGGCCCCACAGCAUGGGACGAACAUCCCAUAAAUGACGCCAUAACGUUGCCAUAAUGUUAACUGUUAGGUUAACAUCACCUCUGUCGUCAAGGGACCUUAUCGUUUGCUAUCCAGUGCUGACAAAUUGUGUUUCACUGUCAUUACAUUUACAUUCAUAGAGAAGUCUAGAUACAGCUGCUAGCUGAAGGCCACUGACGAUAUUUAUUUUAGUCAUAGUUUGUCAAAAGGUUUUAUAUACAAUUCAACAUAGAGAGAAUUUAACGUAUAUGUAGUCUAAUUAUGUAUUUAAUUUAGUUCAUGAGCUAAAUUACGAAAAUACAAUGUAAUGAGAAUAUAUUGGGAACAUAAACUGUACAUUUUUUAACACGAAAGAAUAGAAAUAAUGUUCUUAAUGUAAAAAAUGUGUGCCUUUCAUGAGGAGAAUUAACAAUUGCACUAAUGUGACAAAACUGUGAUUUAAAUGUGACACAUUGUUUUUAACCUUUAUUUAUGAUCAUGUAUGCUGCCAUAGUGUGCAUUUUUAUAUAAAUAAAAACUAGCAAACAAUGUAAUGGAUUUUAAAGAGUUUGCAGAGAAAAGAAAACCUUAAAUGUUGUUAGAACUGCCAGAAAAAGAAACAAUAGAAAAUCCAUCAACACAAUAAGGCAUGCUUUGGAGCAUACCAUUUAGUGUUGUGGGUGUUCAACACUAAACACAGCACUCAUAUUUCCAUAUUUUUUUAUGAUAUGACUACCAUGAGUGCAUGUAUACUACACCAAAAGCAUGUCACAAGAAGGUAUGUUCAAUGUUCAUGAUAUUGCGAAUCUUUGAAGCGAUGUUUAUAGUAACGAUGCUGUCAGGUCCUGGUUUCCGCCCUCACUGAUGUACGGUUUUCAGCAUCAGCCACUCGCAUGUGGUAAUAAUGACCAAGUAAAACCAUGGAUGGAGACCGGUGACUCAU